AUUAUGUAGCACGCCAAGCGCAAGCGGCAUAAGAAAAAUGGGAAUCGUGUGAGAACGAGUCUCAACGAUGAACUAAUAAAGAAGAAUUUUCUAUGAACCCUAAAAACAUUCCAAGCUCCACCAAGCACUAACCCUAAACCCUACAAGAAGACUUUUUUUUUCCUUCUCCAAUGGCGGCGAACCAAAGCUCGGACCAUGAAUCCGAUCAAAGUAUGCGCCUUUACAACCCUUACCAGAACUACGAGCUCCCUGCCAAAGCACAGUACCUCUACAAGCUUCCUACUUCGCCGGAGUUCCUCUUCACCGAGGAGUCUCUCCGUCAGCGACGAUCCUGGGGCGAGAAUCUCACGUUCUACACCGGUACGGGUUACCUCGGCGGCUCCAUCGCCGGCGCUUCCGCCGGAUUGUAUUCCGCCGUCAGGAACUUCGAAUCCGGCGACACGACUAAGCUGAAAAUCAACAGGGUUCUUAACUCCUCGGGUCAAUCGGGCCGCGCUUGGGGUAAUCGUGUAGGUAUUAUCGGGCUGAUCUACGCCGGGAUAGAGAGCGGUGUUGUGGCGGCGACGGAUAGGGACGAUGUGUGGACGAGCGUUGUGGCGGGGCUGGGGACCGGAGCGGCCUACAAGGCAGCGCGCGGGGUGAGGUCUGCGGCGGUGGCCGGUGCUCUGGGCGGAUUAGCGGCGGCGGCGGCGGUGGCGGGGAAGCAAGCAUUGAAGCGGUAUGUGCCCAUAUGAACGGAGGCGGCGAAAGUGAGUCUAAUUCCGAGAUUUGCUGUUGUUUCGAAAGUUUUGUUGGGGAGAUUGAGAAAUCUGAAGGGCAUCUCUCUCUAUGUCGGAGUAGAAUCAUAAAAAAAUGAAAGCUUUGUGGUUUCGAGGAGCGUAAGUUGAGAUGAGAUGCCAUAAGGAUUGACGAAAUAAGUUGAUACUCUAUAUAAUGAUAAAAGGUUGGUCUGUGUGUAGAUUGUUGCCAUCAUCAUAUUGGUUGCUUGUAUUAGGUUAACUUAACUUCCCUUUUUCCACAUCCAUAACAUGGUUUGCUCAUCUA